AUGUCUGAAGGAGCGUCUCAAGCCGCACUGGGCCGGGGACUGCCAGCAGAUGUACUGGCUGAGCAGGUGGAGCUGUGGUGGUCCCAGCAGCCACGUCGCUCGGCACUCUGCUUUGCUGUGGCUGUGGUCCUCGUGGCAGGCUGCGGGGCAAGUGGCGUGGUACUGCUCUCCUCCACCAGCAGCCGCUCGGGUGAAUGGCGGCUAGCAUCAGGCACAGUGCUCUGUCUGCUGGCCCUGCUAGUGCUGGUAAAGCAGCUGAUGAGCUCAGCUGUGCAGGACAUGAAUUGCGUGCGUCAGCCCCACCACGUGGCCCUGCUGCGCAGUGGUGGAGGUGCCGAUGCCCUCGUGGUUCUGCUUAGCGGCCUGGUGUUGCUGGUCACCGGGCUGACACUGGCUGGGCUGGCUGCCGCCCCCACUCCCACCCAGCCACUGGCCACCAUGCUGUCAGUGGGCAUAGCUCUGGCUGCCUCAGGCUCACUCUUGCUGCUAGGCUUGAUGCUAUACCAGGUGGGUGUGAGUGGACACUGCCCCCCCAUCCGAGCGGCUGCCCCCUCCACCCACAGUGGCCACGGUGGCAGGGGCGGCAUCUUCAGCAUCUCAGGACAGCUGUCUGCCGGCCAGCGUCAUGAGACCACAUCCAGCAUCGCCAGCCUCAUCUGA